AUCCUGUCGCCGAUGUGAUGCUUGUUGAGCCAAGAUGGCGGACAGGAGAGGCAAACGCUGUGGUUCUGCAUCGAAAGAAAGACAAACUGUGAAUAAAUUUGCGAAUGAUGGCAGUUUCUUGGAAAUGUUUAAGAAGAAAAUGGAAGAGCAAAAGGCUCUUGGUGACAAGCCAGUGACUGUUCCCGAUAAAGACGAUUCUCCGACACAAUCAUCUGAAACGGACAGUGGAAAACUCAGCAAAACGAACAUUUUGUCUAUUGUCGGGAAACGGCGCGGCGGCAGCGCCAAGGUCCUCAAGACGGGUAUGGUAAAGAAGCCAAAACAAGAAGAGGAUGUAUGUAUUUGUCUCAGGAGAACUGUAACAGCCUUACACUUUCUUAUGUUCAUCACAUGUUCAUCAUGUUCAUGGCUACUAGCUCUGCUUAGAACUUCCUUUACAUCAACGCUUUUUAUGUUGGGUGUUUCUGCGAUCAGUUAUCUUGCAUAAGAAAACCAGCAUGUUUUGGCAUAAUGAACUUCAAAAUUGAAGUAUUUGUUGGUUUUCGAAAUGAUCAGUAUGGGUAAUGAUGGUUCUGAAGGGAUGAGACUAGGAUCUAAAUCUGUUGUUUAUAAAGCUAAGCCAUGUAGGACUGUUUCAUUAACACCUUGUGAAAUACCAUGAUGGUAAUAUGUUUAUUUUACACUUAUUUUCAGGAGGACAGUGGUGAGAAUAAAGAUGGAUGGUCCAAGUAUCUAGCUGAAGUCAAUAAAUACAAAUCACAGAUGUGCACGGAUGAGGAUAAAACACGACCACUAGUCAAAUAAUACUUGCAUCUCAUUGUUAAUUGUGAAGUUUGCCUGACUUUGUAGCGAUGGAUAAUGGCUCUCAAUUUCUUUUCUUCUUUAACAAGUUUACCUAUUUUCUUUUCAGUAAGGGUUAUAUAUUUUUUCACAACAGUUUUGAGGUUUUGCAAUCACCUUCAGGUCACUUGGGCUAUCAUGAGAAUCAGAUAUGAUGUUAUUUAAUACAGCACUUGCUUAAGCACAUUCCUGAUGAGGAGGGUGGGUGGUGUUUCAUCAUUACAUUCUGUGAACAGUUUCAGUCCAUGACAAUGGAUGUGAAGGUGUCAUCCCUUGCUUAUAGGAGACAAGUGAGUAGAGAACACUAAGACUUAACAAAAUAAAAGAAUUGGUUCUCAGGCAAUGGUUUUUGAAAAUAUAGUGCGGGCGGGCGGACAGUGUCUUUUUUUUCUUUUUAUAACCAAAUAAACAUAUGUGU